CCGGGCUAGUGGCCACUCGCCCUCGGCGUCUCUCCUGGCAGCGCGGUGGGCGCCGGCUCCUCGCAGGAGCUAUCCGGUUCCCCGACUUUGAGAGGCGCCUCUCCCCCGCCCGACCGCCCAGAUGCAGUUUCGCCUCUUCUCCUUUGCCCUCAUCAUCCUGAACUGUAUGGAUUACAGCCACUGCCAAGGCAAUCGAUGGAGACGCAGUAAACGAGCUAGUUAUGUAUCAAAUCCCAUUUGCAAGGGUUGUUUGUCUUGUUCAAAGGACAAUGGGUGCAGCCGAUGUCAACAGAAGUUGUUCUUCUUUCUUCGGAGAGAAGGCAUGCGCCAGUAUGGAGAGUGCCUGCAUUCCUGUCCAUCCGGGUACUAUGGACACCGAGCCCCAGAUAUGAACAGAUGUGCAAGAUGCAGAAUAGAAAACUGUGAUUCUUGCUUUAGCAAAGACUUUUGUACCAAGUGCAAAGUCGGCUUUUAUUUGCAUAGAGGCCGCUGCUUUGAUGAAUGUCCAGAUGGUUUUGCACCAUUAGAUGAAUCCAUGGAAUGUGUGGAAGGAUGUGAAGUUGGUCAUUGGAGUGAAUGGGGAACUUGUAGCAGAAAUAAUCGCACAUGUGGAUUUAAAUGGGGUCUGGAAACCAGAACACGGCAAAUUGUUAAAAAGCCAGCAAAGGAUACGAUACCGUGUCCAACCAUUGCCGAAUCCAGGAGGUGUAAGAUGGCCCUGAGGCAUUGUCCAGGAGGAAAGAGAACCCCAAAGGCAAAGGAGAAGAAGAACAAGAAAAAGAAGAGGAAGCUGAUAGAAAGAGCCCAGGAGCAACACAGUGUCUUCCUAGCUACAGACAGGGCUAACCAGUAAAAUAAAAGACACGUAGGGUAGAUUUUGGGGGAGGGGGUCAUUUUUGCAAAAGUGCACAAAACUCCUCUCCACUCGUGGACCCUGGCGUGAAGCUUUUGCGCUGCUUUGACCAGUAUCUGUUCCCAGUAAUGUUGUGAACGGAGGAGCCACGAGCGUGGUCUCUGUUAUUUAUGCUUUGAUUUGCAUCUGGAGACUGUGAAGGCAGGAGCUCCUGACCUGAAUCACCGGAAGCAGGCGUUAGGGGUCCAGCACGUGCCUCGGCUCCACGUGCACGGAGAGAUUGUGGCACCACGAAGGGGCAAGACCUGUGAGGCCACAGACCACCCCUGGAGCCCAGACUUGUGCAUAUUUAUGGGAAAGAAGACCCUCAGCUGGCAAAGAGCUAUUUCACUGGUGACCUUGAUUUCUCACGUUGUGCGUUUGCAAGGAUAACUGUGUGCGGAGAUCUGCUUAGAGCUGGGGUGGGGGGCGUGGGGGGUGUUCCAGGAGUUUCUGCUCAGCUUCACAGCAGCUCCAACUUGUACAUAACUCUGUGGGGCUACAUAGGAACCUCUUCCUUACUGUAUAUUUAUGCUUUCUGAAGUGUAACAAGUCAUACCUGAUUAAUAUUAUGUCGGAUUGUUUCUAGUGGUUCCUAACCAUUGUCUGGUAAAUGGCUAUUCUAGAUUUGAGAACUGACCGAUGUUUUGUUGCCCCUUGACUUUUUUUUUUUUUUUUUCGGGCUUAUUUCUCACUGUAAGACUAGGAUAAGCUAGUUUGUACAUAGGCUCAAAUGACCAGUGUCAAAGAAUUUUAAUAUCUGUAGACCUUCCCCACUCCAUGUUGUCUCCUGCAGAUAAAGCAGCAGGUGACAGGCAGAAGCUAAAACUCUUUACACCUAAGAUGUGAUGCCUUUAUGAAACACAACUGAGGAAUGACAUGCAGUCCCUUCUAGUA